AUGACUGCAGCCGCCCCGUCGUCGCUCGUCAAGUACGAGACUCCAGUGCUGCUCUCCGAGGCGCUGCACAAGAAGUCCCUCGCCACGAAGCGGCCGGUGGCGAACAAUGGCAAGCCGCAGCCACAGCCGGAGGACGUCCUCUUCAGUAUUCUGCCUCCCCGCGAGUUCGAGAAGGGCGGGCAGCGGUGGGUGCAGUACCCCUCCAGCACCCCCGCCACCCGGCUCGAUGUAAUCCGGCUGCAGGAGCAGCUGGACACUUUACUGGCAGACCGCCAGGCGCGCGAGACGGGUGUGUGCCCGAUCCGCGAAGAGCUCUACGGUCAGGUGUUUGAUGAGCUCAUUCGGCAGGUCACGAUCAGCUGCGCCGAGCGGGGUCUUCUGCUCCUGCGCGUGCGGGAUGAGAUUCGCAUGACGCUGGAUGCCUACCGCGCUCUCUACGAGAGCAGCAUCGCCUUCGGUAUGCGUAAGGCACUGCACGCCGAGCAGGAGCACGUCGAGCUGGAGGCGCGCGUACGGGCGCUGGAGCGGGAAAAGGCGGACCUGCAGCGGCAGGUGGAGGAGUUGGUAGAGGAGUGCGCGCGAAUCGAGCAGGAUGAGGCGCAGCGGCAUCAGGACGAGCAGAAAAAGCAUGAUGAGGAGGUUGCCUUCUUCCGUCGCACGUAUGAGACCCUGACGGCCAACCUGCAGACCGUCGUGAACCCAACCAAGGCGUGA